CUGCAGUCUUACCGCCAACUCUGAAGGACCAGAGACCGUGGGGUCUAAUCUUCUUCGUCCGCCUGUAAGAAGAACGCGCGUGUCUGAGCCUUUGCGUGUGUGUGCGUGUGCAUAGCCAGCCACAGCCGCAGCAGUUGGUGAGACCGAGCCUAACGCUGUGUAAGUAUUCACAUAUAUAUAUAUAUAUGCAAUGCCUUCCCUGGUCUCGCUUUUUUCUAGUCGCUUGAGACUACAGGUAAACAGACCGCGAUUUACACAGUACCAACGCAAAGCUCGGAGCUAUCAGUGUUUCUUGCAAACACCGCAGUUUAGUACGACAAUCAAGAUGAGUUCGAUCGGAGGCGCAGCUAUUGGUGCUGGGCUGUAUGCUGCAGUGAGCAAUCCAGCGCAGAUUGCUGCCACACCCGAGGACGCAGCGGAUAAGAGACAUCAUUUGAAGAACGGCAAGGGGUUUACCAAUCCAUGGGACAGUUAUGUCGAAGCCACCCCGUGGCAAUUACUCACAGGCCUGGGUUGGCGCAAGAUCACUGGUCAAGCAAACAGUCCAGACACCACGCCACCCACCGUCCCCGUUCACACUGCGUCUUUCCUCCCUACUCGCGAAACACCCAAAUUACGCGCAACCUGGCUCGGCCAUGCAUGCUAUUACGUCGAGUUUCCCAGUGGGUUCCGCGUACUUUUUGAUCCAGUCUUCGAAGACUGCUGUGCGCCCGUCAACAUCAAGAGUCUAAAGCGGUUCACGCCUCCUCCUUGCGAGAUUGAAGAUCUACCCGUUGUAGACGCCGUUGUUAUCAGUCACAACCACUAUGAUCACCUUAGUUACCCGACCAUUCAGCGGCUGCACCAAAAGUUCCCCGAUGCACAUUAUUUUGCGCCCUUGGGCAACAAGGAGUGGUUUCUUAACAGCGGUGUGACCAACGUGACCGAGUUGGACUGGUGGGAGAGCAGGGACGUGCAAUUGCAAGAAAAAAACGACGCCUUAUCUGUUGUGCCGAGUGGAAACACAGAGAUAGGCAAGAAGAUGAGCAGUAGUGGCAUCAUCACCGCGACCAUUGGGGCACUGCCUUGUCAGCAUGUCAGUGCCAGAGGUCCCUUUGACAAGUGCAAGACCCUCUGGGCAAGCUGGAGCGUCGAGUCUGGUGGUUCAAAAGUAUAUUUUGCCGGCGAUACUGGCUACCGAACCGUCCCUAAAGGCAUCCCCACAACCGAAGACGACUACUCGGCCGCAUACUCACACCUCCCUACGUGCCCGGCCUUUGCGCAAAUAGGUAAACACAGAGGCCCCUUUGAUCUUGGCCUCAUUCCCAUUGGCGCAUACGAACCCCGCUGGGCCUUCAGCAACGUCCAUGCAAAUCCCAAAGACGCAGUCAACAUCUUCAUUGACACUCGCUGUGUAAGGGCGCUCGGCAUGCACUGGGGAACUUGGGUCUUGACAGAGGAAGAGGUUAUGGCGCCGCCAAAAGAGCUCAAGGAGGCAUGUGAAUGGAAGGGUAUUGAGCAUGGUAGAGGCGGCUUUGGCAUUUGCGAUAUCGGGGAGUCGUGCGAGUUUGAAAGCGGAGUAAGUCCGGAAAAGAAAUAAAGGUUUCUGUGGGGAAGUGAUUUAACGGGGUGUGUGGUUUGCGGAAAGGUUUAUUUUUCAACUUUGUUUCUGAUACCCGGGAUUCGGUUGUUGUGUUGUGUUCGGGAUGUUGAGCAAAUGGGGACGUAUACAUGAAUUAGCUCUUGUAUUCUUGAUCCUCACAACUGUUGUUUUGUACAGCUGAUGCGUACAUAGUUGUACCAAAUUCCGGCCAUGUGAUUUCUGCUGCUCGAAAACAUUCACAACCGUGGGAGUUCGCUGGAAAACUUACGGUAUCCCACCGAUUCCUUGAGAAUUGUAGUACACCCCUUACUUCUCUUCAUCGACGCUAGGGUAUAAAUAGUAAUUACAGAUUUUCCAGC